AUGCCCGCCAUGGCCAACAGCUUCCUGGAUAACCCUCAUUUGAAGGUCAGUCGGCCGGUGGCUGCGUGUUCACGCUGUCGGACCGCCAAAAUCAAGUGCGAUGGCAAGCUCCCCGCCUGCUCCGCCUGUGAAAAGGUGGGCAAAGAGGCCCUGUGCUCGGGCGCCAGCGAUGAGUUCGCCAAGGGAAAAGAGCGCAGCUAUGUGGCCUCACUCGAGGGCUACUGUGAAAAGCUCGAACAGAAGAUCGCCCUCCUCCGCCAUCGUCAAAAUUCCAUCCCCUCGGACAACGCGAAUGGGGUGGUGCGCGAAAUGUCCAUCACCUCCACGGCCUCCGACGGGCCCGUUGGGUCGGCCCAUCACCGGGAAGUGUCCGACAUUGACGACCUGGUCGGGGACUUUGGCUUCUUGUCGGUGAAUGCGACGUCGCGCGACUUUCAGGGCAUCACCUCCAAGACCAGCUUCGCGAAUCUCCUCCUGUCGGUCGCCACCGUGGGAUAUCCACCCCCGCGCACCCCGAAUCCAUUGCCGGCGCGACAUGAAGCCACUCCUCUCUUGCAGUACUACUUUGAUAAUGUCUUUAUCCAAUUCCCCUUCUUUGUGGAGACGAGCUUCUGGACCUCGGUCGAUGCGGUUUAUCAAUCGGACGGUCGAUUCGCCAAACCCUUUGACCACUGGACGGUGCGCUUGGUCCUCGCAAUCGCCUCCGCCUCGGUCUCCUAUCAAAAGAACGAUCGCAACAACCAGCGCGCGCUGGCGCUGGUAUCCGAGGCCCUCAUCUACGCCGACGAUGUCUUUCGGCCCGGAUCCAUCACCUGUGUCCAAGCCAUCCUUCUCUUGGCGCAAUAUGCCCUGGCGGAUCCGGGUCGGUUCCGUAGCUGGUACCUCGUCGGGAUGGCCAUUCGAGUGGCCAUUGAUCUGGGUCUGCACCAAGACCCUCCGGCCGAAGUGUCUUUGAGUCCUGAUCGCCUCGACAUGCGCCGGCGAGUCUUUCACUGUCUCUAUUCUCUGGAUCGCGGCAUGAGCUCUGCACUCCACCAGACGUUUACCUUCUCCGACGAGUCAGUGAAUGUGGCGCUGCCAGCCACCGAUACUUCAUCCUCGACCGCCGAGUACAAGUCCAUCUUCCUUCGCAACCCUGCCCCGUCCCUACACAUUGUUCGAAUCCGCAAGAUUCUGUCUGCGGGCUAUCACGACAUGUAUUACAGCUCCCGCGAGCCGUCCCCCCAGCCCAUUGCGCAAAUCUGGACCCUCUGCGCCCAAGCCCGUGACUGGUACCACGAAUGUCCCCCCAGUGCGCCCAAACACUUCUCUCUGCUGUAUCGGCUGGAACUGCUCUACACCACCAUCAUUCUGCUGUCGCCAUCCAAUCGAUAUCCCGUCCUGGGUGACUACAACAAAGCCCUCCUCUUUGACCGCUGCCUGGACUUUAUCAGCCAGAUCCACCAGGUGCUGGAGAAUCCGAGUGCGUUACCGUUUGUCACUUUUCUGGACAUCACUCGUGUCCAGCAGGUGGGCCACGUCUUUGUUCACAUCCUGACCGACGACUUUGAAUUCUUGCUGAGUCCGGUCAUGCCCACCCCUCCGCCGGUGCCGGCGGGGACGCCGGAGGCCCCUCUCCUUGCCGUGGAGGAUCGGAUCAACGGUCGGCCGCGUGCCUUUCGCUGUCUCUCCUACGUACGCGAUCUGUUGCACUACUGCAAGCGCAAGUGGGGACUGGAUCAACCCCUGGAAGAUUUCGAGCGCAAGUCGGCGUCCCUGGAGAAGAUGUUGCGAGAAGGACCGGCUGAUUAUGGAAUGAAUCGGGGGUCCUACCCAUCACACCCACCGCCAUCGGUGGCAGUCCCCGGAUACGCGGGAUAUCAUCAGGGACCGAUCCCACGAUGA